AUGUCGUUCCUAAGAGACCUUUUUCACCGCGAAACGCCGCAGGAGGCGAUGCGGAAGUACAAACGCGGGCUUGAUCGCACCAUUCGCGAUAUCGAUCGUGAGCGCAACAAGCUGCAGGCGCAGGAGCGCAAAAUUGUUAUUGAUAUGAAGAAGAUGGCGAAGCAGGAUCAGAUUGAUUCGGUGCGCAUCUUGGCACGCGACCUGGUGCGUACACGGAAGUACCAGCAGAAGAUGUACCGCAUGCGUACCCAAAUACAAGGCGUCUCGCUUCGGAUCCAAACAAUGCAGUCCACUGGGCAGAUGGCAACGGCGAUGAAAGGCGUGACCAAGGCCAUGCGUAGCAUGAACAAUAGGAUGAACAUUCCCGAGAUGCAGCGUGUCAUGCGGGAGUUUGAGAAGCAAAAUGAAAUGAUGGGAAUGAAGGAAGAGAUGAUGAACGACGUCGUCGACGACGUGAUGGACGAUGAUGGCGAGGAGGAGGACGAAACGGAGCUUGAGAUCCAGAAGGUCAUGGAUGAGGUUGGAUUGGAGUUCAAGAGCAAAAUGGGCAUCACGGACGCGUCGUUACCAGCAAGGCAGCAGGAGAAUGAGGAUGAUGAUAAGGAGCUUGAGGCUCGUCUUGCAGCGUUGAAAUCCUCAAUGAAGUGA